AUGCUUGAGAUGAGGGGCAUUAACAACCUGGUCCUGGCUGUGGACACCAUUACACUGGUCAUAGGACUCCCUGCCAACCUGUUGGCUCUCUACACCUUCAUCCAAAAGUUGAAGCAAAACGCCAAACCCAUCGAUGUGCUCCUCCUCAGCCUCACCAUCUCCGACUUGAUCUUCCUUGUUUUCCUCCCCUUCCGCAUAAAAGAGGAGGCUGACAGGAAAUGGACAAUGAGCCGCCACUUCUGUCCAGUGUCGAAUUUCGUCUUCUACACCACAAUCUACAUCAGCACCUUCCUCUUAAUGGCCAUUAGUGUGGAGCGUUAUCUGGGAGUGGCUUUCCCCAUCAGCACUCCGAGGGACAUUCAACUAUUUAAUACGUGGACUCAUCAACAGGAUGAACCUGUCCUGCUGCUGGAGAGUUCUCAACCACCCCCAUGUCAACUGCUCCAAUGUUGAGGAGAAAACACAGAGCUCUACCAACACCUUCCCCUAGAUUCAGCAGACUUUUUACCCAUGGAUUCAGUAGACUUAUUAUGCUUGCUUUUUUUUUUUUUUUUUGCAAAAACUGAAUCAACAUUGCUUGGCAAAGACAUAUACUAGAAACCCUAGAACAAGUUCAGGUAUUUAUGAUGUUUAACAAUGACCAUAAGAUCAAAAACCCAGCUUUAGUGAACUCCCAAAGCUCCUACUGUCAUACAACACUGUAAGGUUUCACCCUAUAUUCAGGGGAUUGGUUGCUAGAAUCCCAAGGAUGGCACAACAUUCUGUGCCAGGUUGCCAUGGAAGUGUAAUUGGUCCUUCUCUCUGGAGGUCUUGUUUGCCUCUCCCUCUACUGUCCAGUUUGAUGCUAGGCAAGCAUGCUCACCUGCUCAAUAUAUACAUAUGCACAAUACUCUACUAGGUUACGUACACAGUGUGUUGAGUGGCAAAUUAUAAAGUGGAACUGGCCAUGUUAAUAAGUCUUCCAGAGAGGAUGUUAUUCCUUACCUUCCCAACUGUAAAGCUAUGAAAUUAGGUGACCACCUUCAGUUUGAAAAUGUUAAGUUUAGUAUGCCAUCUUUUACAUUUUAAUAUUUUAAUACUUUAACAUCAGUGUUGCCACUUAUUACUUUUCCAGCUGAAAAGAAGGGAUAAUUAAUUAAAACAUAUUUAUUAGAGAAAAAAUAAUUGUCUUUGGAUUAAAAAAAAGUAUGCCCUGGCAAGUCACCAAUCCACAAAUCAAUUCAAGUCUCUGAAUUGAAUUGAAAUUAGUCAUAAUUAAAAUCACAAUUUAAAGUACACGCUCUUUUGGUAGCCUGAACUUCAUGGGUGCACUUUCGUGUUCAUUUGGUUGAAAACCUGUAAAUUGGUAAGUAAAAAUGAAGUAAAUUGACUUUUGUCCAGCAGAGGGAGUCAAGGAUCAGUGCCUGCAGAUACAAAAUCUCGCAAUUACCACUGAAUGUCCCUUCUCCCCACUACCACCACACACAUAACCUUUCACAUAUGUGACAGGUUGACAGAAUUACCAUAACAUUACAAAGUUUGCUAUAAAUAGUUUUUGGUUCAUAUCCAAAAAGAGGUUAUUAUUUAUUAUAUAACUCUUGUAAGAUUAAUUUUGCCAUCAGCCUCUAAUGAAUGAAUCUUCUUGUUCUUUAGAAACAGAUAACUGCAUUGUGAAUGUGCUUAGUUUUAAUUCUAACUCUUAACCACGGAGCUAAACUGCAAACAACAUUGUUGUAGUGUUAUUAAUCUGCUUAUUCCACAGGCAUGUCAACAAUGUACAGUGGUUUUGUAGCAAUAAAGGAUUUCUGGUAAUUAUUUGCAAAAUUUAAAUCAAGGGAAGUGUGGCACAAAACAUAUCCUAGGCUACUAGUGCCCAUUAUCUUGUUAUCUUGUGAUGAUGACACAUA